CCAGUGGUGACGGACAGCGGCCGGAGUCUCGCGGGGACCUGGAGACUCCGGAGCCGCAGUGUCCGCGCGGGGCGGCCUGGGAAAGUCAGCGUCAGCAGCAGCGCAGUGGCGGGAACCACAGCCCGGCGGCCCUGGAACCUCCCAGGUCAGAGGAGCCGCGGGGAAGAACUGGACCUGUGGGGUGGCGAUCAGCCUUUCUGCUGCUCAUAACGGUACCGCUCGCGCUCUCACUUCUGAUGCAGGGCUAGCACCCUUGACGGGUUGUUUACGCUCAGUGGAGAGACUGUGGACUUCUCUCAGGAAGAAAGGAAACUGUCUGGACCCUGCACAUAGGGUUUUGUGCUGAUACUGAUUAUUACAGAAUUGCAGCAGUCUGCUGUCUGUGGAGCAAGAAGGGGUUCUGAAGCAGAAAGUCAGAGCAGGACAACAAGAAGAAUGACCACUCCUCCAGCAAAUACAUCAAGUACAUCGCAGGGUCUGCUAACAUUUGGGGAUGUGGCUUUGGACUUCUCCCAGGAGGAGUGGGAAUGCCUGGACUCUUCUCAGAGAGCUUUGUACAUUGAUGUCAUGUUGGAGAAUUACAGCAACCUGGUCUCUGUGGAGAACCAUGGCAUGCGUGGUAAACCCAAGAAGGUCUUGAAUCAAGACUCAAGCCAUAAUGUCCAUCAACAUGGGAAUACCCAAGAGAAUUCUUACAAAUCUAAUCAGCUUGACAAAACAAUUCCUGAACCCUCCCAGAGUACGCCUUGUGAUACAAGUGGUACUGCAAAAAGUGACAUCAACUGUACACGUGGUAACCACGGGGAUGCCUCUACUGAAUCGUCAAACCUAAGUGUGCGCACUGGAGAAGACCUUGCUAAACAGAAAGACUGUGACAACUAUUUAUGUUCCAGUGUGAGUCUAAAUCAGAGUAUCCACACCAUAAACAUAGAGCACGGGUAUGCGGAAAGUGAUCAACUCUUGGAUUCUGCACACGGACUUGAGCAGCAAGGAGUUGAUAGUGGAGAUAAAGCCCAGAAUAGUGGGAAGGGCUUCGGGAGCUGCUCAAGCCUAGGUACACAGGAGAGACCUCAUACUGGAGAGAAACCAUGGAAAUGUAAAGAAUGUGGGAAGUCCUUUAAGUGGUUAUCUCUCCUUAAAACCCAUUACAGGAUCCAUACUGGAGAGAAACCUUACAAAUGUGACGAAUGUGAUAAGGGCUUUACUCGGUUAUCUAGACUUAAACACCAUUACAGAAUCCAUACUGGAGAUAAACCUUACAAAUGUGACGAUUGUGAUAAGUGCUUUUCUCGAGGCUCUAGACUUAAAAACCAUUGCAGAAUCCAUACUGGAGAGAGACCUUACAAAUGUAAGGACUGUGGCAAAACCUUUUCCCACUGCACAGGUCUUAGUACACAUCAGAAAAUUCAUACUGGGGAUAAACCCUACAAAUGCAAAGACUGUGGUAAAGCCUUUUAUCUCUUGUCAACACUUAAGGACCAUCACAGAGUCCACACUAGAGAGAAGCCUUACAAGUGCAAAGAAUGUGGUAAGUUCUUUCAUUGGAUGUCGGGCCUUAAAAACCACUACAGAGUCCAUACUGGAGAGACACCUUACAAGUGUGGGGAUUGUGGCAAAUCCUUUUCUCAGAUGUCAAGACUUAAAAUGCAUUAUAGAAUCCACACUGGAGAGAAACCUUGCAAAUGUGUAAAAUGCAACAAAUGCUUUUCCCGCUGCACAGCUCUUAAAAGGCAUCUUAAAAUUCAUGCUGGUGAAAAACCCUACAAAUGUGAAGAGUGCGGCAAAAGUUUUUAUGUGUUGUCACACCUUAAAAGCCAUCGUAAAACCCAUACUGGAGAGAGACCUCACAAAUGUGAGGAAUGUGGUAAGUGCUUUUCUCAGCUGGCCAAACUUAAAAACCAUUCCCGAAUCCACACUGGAGAGAAACCUUACAGAUGUCAGAUAUGCGACAAAUCUUUUACCCACUGCACAGCUCUUAGUACACAUCAGAAAAUUCACACUGGGGAGAAACCCUACUCAUGCAAAGACUGUGGUAAGUGCUUUUAUCUGUUGUCAAGACUUAAAGAACACCACAGAGUCCACACUGGAGAGAAACCGUACAAGUGUAACGAAUGUGGUAAGUUCUUUCAUUGGUUGUCAAACCUUAAAAGACAUUCGAGAAUCCACACUGGAGAGAAACCUUACAAGUGUGAAGAAUGUGAUAAAUCCUUUACCCACUGCUCAAGUCUUAAAGCUCAUCAGAAAAUUCAUGCUGGGGUAAAGCCCUACCAAUGUGAAAAGUGUGGCAAAUCCUUUUAUUGGUUGUCAAACCUUAAAACCCAUUCAAGAAUCCACACUGGAGAGAAACCUUACAAAUGUGGCGAAUGUGACAAAUCCUUUACCCAGCGCUCUCUUCUUACAAAGCACACCAGGAUCCAUACUGCAGAAAAACAUGAACAUAAGAAACUUUCGAAAGCUCUUAAAGAAUGAUUAAAUCGUAGAAAUACCAAGAAUUUAUACUGAAGAAAAAUUCUUCAGAUGUAACAAUGUAGAAAAACCAUUCAUAAAAACAUCUUACUUGUUCAACCUCAAAAAAAAAAAAAUCAUGAGGACAAAUUGUAAUGAGAAAAUUCAGACCAGGAGGAAACUACUUGAAUGAUCAGUUAUGAAAUUCUCAUGUCUUGUACAUUAGGAAUUAUAUGUCUUGUAAUUCCAUGCUAGAGAGCCCAAGAACUGCAUUGAAUUUGUCAAUGUUUUUACCUAGUGUUAAAAUUAUAGAUACAUCUGAAAAUUCAUCCUGAAGGAAAAACCCAAAAAAUCUUGAAUAAAGACUCAUCUUUUAUUCAUCUUCGAAAUAGUCAUUCUGGAGUCAAGCCCUACAAGUAGCAAGAGCAUGAGAAACAUUAAAGACAUAACCUGUGGAUGUGACUCACGUACUACAUGCACAGCGAGGAAAUCCCAAAGAGUGUGCAGGAAAAUCAGUUUUCAGUACUCAAGAACUGUGUUCCAACUGAAAAGCACAGUGAUUCAUAAAGAAACACUAAGACACAAUAGACAUUAGACAAGUGUGUUACAAAGAAGAAAACCAAAUGAGUGAAUGUGUCCUAUAUUUAAGUGGAGAAGGAUAUUUCUAUAUGAACAGAUGUAGUAUUAUUCUUACUGACAUUUUGCUAAUGCUAGUAUUUGCUGAAAUGUAAACAGAGUGUUUUGUUUUUUUGAAAACUCAGAUACAUCCAUGCUGUCUUUUUUACAGAUGAGUUUAUGAUAAUGUCUAUCAAUGGUUGCUGCAUCAGGACUGAUGAGCCUGAGACAGGUGUCAGGGAAGUUAGAUGGUUAGGGACUGGCCACUAACGAUCUGUGAACCCACAUCACCUGGACAGACUCCUGAGGGCAAGUUCAGAGAGUCCCUAGGUCAAAGCUCUUCGUGCAGAUGCUGCACAGACCAAGGCGCCUAUGCGUGAAGACCUUUUGGCAACUACACUUGUUCGUGACAGUGUUUCCAGUGCCAGGGAGAAUUCUAUCGUCGUGUGCCUAUGAAGACUACUCCUUUUUUUUUUUUUUUUUAAGCCCCUGAUUGUUUGUUACUCACUAUUUAAAACAGCCUUCGCCACCUGAGCAGAAUCCUGUCUUGGGAUCCCUUUGGUUCCCGGAGUUAAUCUUCCCCUUUAUUUGUAACACAUGGUUGAAGUGCUCCACUUUUGCGGAGUUCAGUUUUCUUUAUGUGUGGGCAGGAUUCAGAGGUUAGAGCAGGCUACAGAUGGCAGCCAUUGGCGCUUGCUGUCUGCUGUUCCUAGAAAUCUACUGUGUGUUUCUGUUCCAUGAAGAGCUAGUAGCCUAAGCAAACUUCAUUACUAUAACACAAAUGAAGAUGAGCUGUAUUUUGCAGGAAAAAGAGGAAUACACUUUCAUAUGAGGUAAGUAUUUUGGGCAAUAGGAAGAGAAAGGGGCUAGCCUAGCCUUCAGCAGGCAGUGGACAAUAGGAAGAGAAAAGGGCUAGCCUAGCCUUCAGCAGGCAGUGGGUAAUAGGAAGAGAAAAGGGCUAGCCUAGCCUUCAGCAGGCAGAGGGAGAGACAUCUCAAAAAUAUCUUACAGAUCCCUGAAAAAAAUUGGCAAACCUAUGGAAUUAGUGAUUUCUAGCUGGAUGUCCUCAAUGAAAUGUAUGUGGAAAAAUAGAGAUCAGAGGAAAAUAAAUUUUAAUCAUAGAGAAUAUAUAGUUGUGUGGAACAGUGUCACACGUUUGCCUACUUUGAAAAUAGUGAAUAAUAACUAUAAGUUACCUUAGUAAAGUAACAUCCCUCCUAAUGUAACCUGCAUUUUUUGUAAAACCACGUGUAUUUUUGGAAUGUUCUACAGCUCUGUGUAAGGUGAUAUUUUUAAAUAAAUAAAACGUGUGUGUUUAA